AUGCUGAUCCCCCAGAAAAACAGGAAGGCUAUCUACGAAUACCUCUUCAACGAGGGAGUUUGUGUCGCCAAGAAAGACUUCAACUUGAAGAAGCACCCCAACAUUGACGGAGUUUCCAAUCUUGAAGUUAUCACUUCUCUUAAGAGUUUGGCUUCUCGUGAACUUGUCAAGGAACAAUUCGCAUGGCGCCACUAUUACUGGUACCUCACCGAUGAGGGUAUCAACUUCUUGAGAGAGCAAUUGAACCUUCCUGCUGAGAUCGUCCCAGCUACCGUUAAGACCAAGCCAAGAGAGGUCCGCCCCGGAAGCGAACGUCCAGCCAGAGGACAAGGAGCUCCAGGCAAGGAAGGAGACAGAGAUGCCUACAGAGCUGCAGAUAAGGUUACCGAUGCUGGACCAGGAGCCGGUGGAGUCCACCGUGGUGGUUUCGGAAGAGGAGCCCCUCCAGCCCAAUAA